AUCUUGGCAGAGGAGAAAUGCUCACUAACAGGGAUGUAAACAAAUUUGUACACAAAUUUUGAGCGAAAUAAGCUUUUUGUGCGUAUGUAAAAUGUCUUGGCUCUUUUAUUUCAGCUCAUGAGACCAACACAUUACAUGUUGCAUUUAUAUUUUUGUUCGGUAUAGUUUUUAAAUUAAUUUCUGAGUUCUAGUAAACGUUAAUAUUGUGAGAACGCAAGUGGGCGCAGUUUUCUUUUCGAAAGCUACAUUUGGCCUAUUCGACGACAUCCGUCCAUAGCUGUCGUUGGUUUGUCUGUCAGUGUGAUUCCACGUCUGUGAGAAUGGAAGAGAAACCAGACACAGUCGCGUCUUCUCGGGAUGAGAGAAAAGCUAAAGAGAAGGCUGAAAUACUGCAAAGGGAAAUGCAGCGGAAGAGUUUCAAACUGGUAGCUAAGAUCCUGAAGAAGCAGGAGAAUGAGCGGACCCAGGAGGAGUCUGCGGAUCUACUUCUGCACCAGGACACCGUACAGGAGUUGUGUUCGCGGCAGGUCCGCAGGAACGUUCUAAAGAGGAAGCAAGAAGAGGUAUUUGAUGAUACAGAGGACCUGAGGUGUAAAGUGGGACAGUUGGCUGAGGCAGUCAGACAGGCUCAACACCUGGUUAUCUACACUGGAGCCGGGAUCAGUACGGCAGCGUCCAUCCCAGACUACAGGGGACCAAAUGGGGUUUGGACACAGCUACAGAAGGGCAGAGCUGUCAGCUCGUCAGACCUGAGUGAAGCAGAACCUACUCUUACACACAUGUGUAUCAGGAUGCUGCAUGAGGAGAACAUGGUGCAGCACGUAGUGUCUCAGAACUGUGAUGGGCUCCACCUGCGUAGCGGUCUUCCCAGACACACCCUCUCUGAGCUGCACGGCAACAUGUUCAUCGAGGUGUGUACUUCCUGUUCCCCGGUGAGGGAGUUUGUGCGACUCUUUGACGUGACGGAGCGCACCGCGAGGCACCGGCACGGGACGGGGCGGCGGUGCGCCCACUGCGGGGGCGAGCUCAGGGACACCAUCGUACAUUUCGGGGAGAGGGGCAUCCUGGAGCAGCCUCUCAACUGGAGGGGGGCAACAAACGCUGCUGAGAGGGCUGACGUUAUCCUCUGCCUGGGCUCCAGUCUGAAGGUGCUGAAGAAGUAUGGCUGUCUAUGGAGCAUGAAUAGACCUGCUAUCAGGAGACCCAAACUCUAUAUCGUCAAUCUACAGUGGACACCUAAAGACGACCUGGCCACGCUGAAGAUCCAUGGGAAAUGUGACGACGUGAUGCGUCUCCUUAUGGAGGAGCUGAACAUUCAGAUCCCUGCCUACAACCAGACAGAGGACCCUGUACUCAGCUUGGCCACGCCGCUGAGACCAGAAGAGGAGGACAGUUACACUCGUAAACUCAUAGCUCCGCCCGCUAGCGGGGAGGACUGCUCACCAGACUCCCUGGGACAGGGUGGAGGGAAGGACUGCUCACCAGACUCCCUGGGACAGGCUGGAGGAACAGCAGUACAAGGAGGCUGGUUCGGACGAGGAUACUCCAAAGGGAGGAAGAGGAGGAAGAGGAGGAGGACAGUGAUGGUGUAGCAGAAUGUUAAUCAUAGUAGAAAUGUGACACGAUUCUCCAUCUCCUUUUUGUUCUGAUUGGUUGUUUUGAAAUGGACCUUGAUAGUAAGGAAGACGUACCAACAGAAUGAAGUGAGGGAGGGAAGAACCUCACUAAGACGGAGCUGUUUGUGAUGCAGAGUAUUAUGAAGUAUUAUUAUGGUUUCAGAUACUACCUCUUUAAGCCUGAGGGAGCAUCCUAAUAAUCUCUCCUUUCUGGUCGUCACUAGUUACCACAGCCACAAAGUCACAAACCCUGCCUCUUUCCACAAUUUAAAAUGUCAUUUUAACCCUAACCACAAUGCUAACCUUAUGCCUAACCUUAAAUUAUGACCAAAAAUCCCCCCCCCCCAAAAAAAAAAAAUAUAUCAUAUGAUAUAGCCAAUUUUGACUUUGUGGUUGUGCUACCUAGUGGAAACACUUUCUCCUGAAGUGUGCACUUGUUGACUUCCCGUCAUGGAUUUAAAUGAAAAUGACCGGUAUUUGGAAACUCCCUCUGAUGCCUACACUAAUCCAAUGCUUUUAAGUUUGUGGGGAGUAGUGAACACUUCAGGAGGAGAGAAUAUUGGGCUGUAACCUAAGAGUUAUGGUUUUUCAAUUGAAUGGUGCUUUUAUGUAGUUUCAUAGGAGUGGUGUUGUGUUUGUUACAUGCACAGCACCUUACUAACUUUCCUCAGGGUUGCCGUCGGCGAUGCCAUCCUGUUACAGUACAGCACAUUCAUGGCAUUAGUAUCUGUCAUUGGAUUGUGUUAUUGUCAGGCAUUUGGUUUUACAAUAAUGGAAGUGUGAAUUUAGGGUUUGUCCCAAAUGGCAACCUGCUCUCUAUGGGUCCUGUUCAAAAGUAGAACACUACAUGGGGAAGAGGGUACCAUUUGGGAUGGAAUCUCAGUGUUAAAUGUUGUGUUUUCUUGGUGCUACACAUCAGUGUUCUCAUCAAAGAAUAGAAGAGGCGCGUCGCCACCUUGUGGACUGGCUACGCCACUAUGUAAACACUUGACAAAUAAUGUGACUUGUAUUUCUUUUUUUGAAGCAUAAACCAGGUUUCCAUUCAACCGUUUUGUUAUUACAUAUCAAAAUAUGCAAGACGAGGUGGGAUCUUUAUGUCUGUAAAAUGUAUUAUGCAGGAAAUGUCGGUGUAAACGCUUUUAUGAGCAAAUAUUGAUUUAAUAGCCGUCAUAUUAAAGUUAACUUAGUGAGAAGACCA